AUGAAUUUUCCAGUAAAGCCAAUCGACAGCUGGUCAAGAGGAAUUCGCCGUCGUCUUCUGGUGGAACCUAUCUUCGAAUCUCUUCACCAAACACUUCUUCUCGAAAUGGAAGUAAGCCCAACAAUUAUGAAACAAGAGAUUCCUCGAAACCCAACUUUUCUUCGUACAGACAAAUUGAUUCGCGUUCUUAUUGACGGCGGCUCAACACCAUCUCUCUCCUUCAAUCUAUCACUCAAGCAUAAACAGUUACUACUCGACUUUAUGCCACCACUUCUCACAUUCAGCCCAUUUUCACCCAAAACGAGGGAGACGGUCUCGUGGACUGUGUCAACCGGAACGUGGUACAAAAGCCAAACGGCUGCAGCACAACGUGAUUCAUCCCCCCUCUUCUGGUGA